AUGGCAGAAGCAAAUCCAUCCAAAAUGCUAACUGGAAAUCAAGAUUUUACUCCCAAAUUCCUCCAAAUAAAGCAGGAUAACAAUUUUUACUUUAAGCUCUUGUCAAAGGACGCGGCCGGGGAUUCAUCUUUCAGAAUGUCGUACUACGACGGCGCUGCCGGUUCUGUUCCAUUCUCCUGGGAGUCUCAGCCGGGCACCCCGAAACACACGUUUUCAGACAGCCCUCUGCCGCCACUCACGCCACCACCUUAUAAAUUCAGCCCUAAUAAUUCCAUGCCGAAGAAGAAUCCAAAGAACUCGAAAAUCUUUUAUUCCAUUAUUCCACGAGUUUCAUCCAAGAAAAUUAACAUUUCGCCAUCAUUUUCAUCUUCUUCAUCGCGCUCUUCAUCCUCGAAUUCAGCCACUUCCACUCCGAUGAAUUGGCCAUCAAACACUCCAAAGUAUUCGGAUAGUUCAACGUCAGCUAUCCAUUUCGGGCUAUAUGAAGGACAAGAAUCCAAUUCUCCAACAUCAAUAUUGUGCUUUGGUGAUAGAAAUGGAAGUUCCGGCAAGGUUAAAAGGCAGUACAACCCCAUGAAGAGGGUGAAGAGGGCGUUCUUGUCCAUUGUUGGCCAAGCUAAUUAG